AAUUUCUCAUACCUUUGAGAAAAUGAGACAGUUCUGGAUUUUGCUUUGAGCUUUGAAGUUUGAUGGCAGAGGCAGAGGCAGAAGCAGAGGCAGAGAAGAAGUGGGGAGAGAAAGUUUCAGACAAGGUGUUGUCUGUAUACAAGUCUCUCCCAAAGAAAGGAAAGCCUCAGGGACGCGAAGUCACUGUCUUGGCUGCUUUUCUCCUCUCCUCUCCUUCUCAAGAUGAUUUGGAAGUUGUGGCGUUGGGAACUGGGACAAAGUGUAUAGGCCGCUCUCUCUUGAGCCCUCGUGGUGAUAUUCUCAAUGACUCGCACGCUGAAAUUAUUGCACGCAGAGCUUUGCUCAGGUUUUUCUAUGCACAGAUUCAAUGUCUUACUCAAUUUUAUAAUAAGCAAAAUCAUAUUGAUGGAAGCACAAUAUUGCAAGGUGGUGAUAUCGACAGCUUGCCCUUUCAAUUAGAAGCAGAUAAUCUAGGCCAAGGAAAAUACAAAAUGAAACUGGGCUGGCAAUUACACCUCUACAUAUCACAACUACCAUGUGGGGCUGCAUCACUUGAUUGUCCAUUGUCUCCUCUUAAAACUAACCUGCCAAGAGAAAGGGGUUCACAAUCAUGUUUGGGCGAUCUUGACAAUUCCACAAGUGAACCCUUGGAGGAUUCGGUAAAGAAUAAUGGUGAUGCUCCAAAACUUAUUGGCUCGGUUCAAAGAAAGCCUGGUCGUGGUGAUACAACAUUGUCAGUUAGCUGCUCUGACAAGAUAGCUCGUUGGAAUGUUGUGGGAGUUCAAGGGGCUCUGCUUUCCUACUUUCUUCAACCUGUUUACCUUUCUUCUGUUGCCGUUGGGGGAUCCCCUAACAGUCCUGAAAAGUUUCUCUUAGAGGAUUGCUUGAAAAGAGCUAUAUAUGAUCGAAUCCAACCAUUUUCAAGUGAGCUAAUGAGUCCCUUUCAAGUGAACCAGCCACAAUUCUGGGCAGCCCCAAUACCACCAAAGGAGUUUCAACAUUCUGAAACAGCUUUGAGCACUUUAACAUGCGGGUAUUCGAUUUGUUGGAAUAAAGCUGGUUUGCAUGAAGUCAUUCUCGGAACCACUGGAAGGAAGCAAGGCACCUCUGCCAAAGGAGCACUUUCUCCAUCUACUGAGUCCUCUCUGUGCAAAAAGCGAUUAUUGGAGAUUUUCUCGUCACUAGGACACGAAUGCCAAACCAAAGAUCCAGCCAAUGAGAUUUCUUAUCGAGCACUCAAGGAGAGGGCUCAGGAAUACAACUUGACUUCAAAAAUUUUUAAAGGAAGACCGCCUUUUAGCAAUUGGCUAUUGAAACUGGAGGACUAUGAAGCCUUCUCCAUUUUCAGAUAGUAAGGUGAGAUAUGUGCUACUUAGUCUGCAAUUCUGUAGCACAUUAGUGAGAGAUGGUAAAUUUUUCUAAAUUAAUUGUUGGUGAGAUAAUAAACAGUUCUAGAUGAAUUGGCGAGUGCAUAACCCUGUCUUCAAUGUGAAAUGGAAGUUAGAGGUGUCACAUUUUUUCUUUUAGGCCAUUCAGAGUAUGAAAGCAGAUAGACAAAAACUUGAGGAAGCUAAGGUAACUGCUUGCAAUGUUACAACUGCUCUUCCAGUUUAUUUGUGAGUAUGAAUGGUGUGGAUGUUCAUUUGUUGUUGCUAAGCUGUGUCAUCGACACAGGUCAUAGAUGAGUCUAUGGCAUUGGUGAAUGGUUCCAAUGGGGCCUAGUUUUGAGUGGUUACAUUUAAUAGAUUCAAAUUAUCAGAGAUUAGUUUGAUUAUAGAAAAACUUUUGACUGACUUUUGGACAAAUGUUUAUCAGUUUAUAGGGUUGUGGGAAAAAGGUUAAAACAUUAUGCUGGACUUGGAGAUAACAAGCAUUAUUCAGCUUGACGCCUUUUUCUAGUCUUCACUUUGUACUUGCUCCUAGUGCACCAACUGUAUCCAUGCUAACCUUUUGAAUUUCAGCUAAUGACAUUGGUAUAGACUAAGGACUAAGUUUAGAGAGAUGAACACCAAUCAUAAUAUUCAUUUGUUCAUACUGCUGCAAUAAUCGAAUGCUUAAUUAUUAGUGAUAA